AUGCCAUCAUUAUCCGCACCAGUCACACCAAGCGAAAUUUCUGGGAAACUUGAUUUUGAAUCAAAUAUCAGUCCACUUACUAGAGCAUUAGAUCGAACUUUGCAAGUCAAAUGCAUGCGAAUGCAAUCGUUCAUUGAUAAUCAUCGUCAUGAACUGCAUUUGCAUGUUAACACCCUUCGGCAAUUUGCUUCUUCAUCUGGCGGUCUGGUUUUGGAUGAGAUACGAUCUGUUGUCUGGCCUAUAUUAGCCUCUUCAUUGAUUGCUGAUUUUGCGAGUGAUCAUGGUUCAAGUUCUGAGUCUGGAUUUGAGUCUGCUGUUUCACAGUUUUCUGAUGAAGAAGAUACCCCAAGUAGUUCAAAAACCGUCAUUUUUACACCUUCUUUGAAUGACCUGAUGCGUCAUGGGGAAUGGAAUCAGGUAGAGCUGGAUGUAAAACGAACUCUUUCACGUUUUCCACCAAAUAUUUCAGACAGUGAUCGCGUUCAUUUGCAAAAAGAAUUGACUCCCUUGAUUAUUCGAAUACUUUGGACUUGUCCUCAUUUCCACUAUUACCAAGGAUUUCAUGAUGUCUGUUUAACACUUUUACUUGUUUUGGGUGUACAAGCAGCUGAAAGCGUUGGUGUUAAUCUUGCGAAAAAUGGCAUAUUUAACGAGUACUUAUUACGUACCCUUGAAGAUACUGUGCUUCGAGAUCUCGAUCUUAUGUACAUAAUAUUAUGGAAAGUAGAUUCAGAAAUUGAAAGAAUAAUGCGUUCUGUGCAGUUGGGUUCACUUUUUGCUUUAAGUUGGCCUCUAACCUGGUUUUCUCAUGCCUUUCAUCAUUAUCGACAGGUCGUUCUAUGUUUCGAUUUAUUUCUGGCAUCCCACCCAUUGAUGCCCAUUUAUUUUUCAUCAGCAGUUGUACUUUGGCGUUCUUCUUCAAUUUUGAGCUCUUCUUAUGAAAUGCCCAUUCUUCAUCAUUUGCUCAAUAUUAUGCCUGAUGAGGUGCCAGUUCGAGCAUUAGCUGCUGAUGCUCAGGAUCUUUUUAGAAUGCUGCCACCAUCGCUAUUACGUGGUCGCCUGAGUAAAGAUUAUUGCAAGCUUUUAAAGGAAACCCAUAUGAGAAAACCAUCAUUGCCAACUACAUCGUUGAAGGCUUGGCUUGUUGCGGGGACUGCCACGGCUGCUGUAUAUAUGUUAUCUCGUUAUUUAUUCAUUACAUCAUAA